UCCCUAAGAUGACUGUGGAGCAGCCGGGGCCAAGAGUCCAGGGACUAAGAGAUCUUGGGAGCGAAGACUCGGGGAUUUGGAAUUGGUCUGCUCUGGGGAAGAGAAGACAGAGGAAAUCUAUCGCCAUAUCAUCAAGUCUAUAGGAGACGAUGUUAAGCAAGAAUUUCUCUCCUCAGUGAGAGCAAGUGGACUCCAAGCUCGAGUUCAAGGAAUGCUUCUCCCUCUACGACAAGGAACAAAGGGGGAGAAUAAAAGCUAACGACCUAAUUGUGGUGAUGCGAUGCCUGGGGGCCAGCCCGACCCCAGGAGAAGUCGGAAGACACCUGCAGGAUCAUAAACUAGACAGAAAUGCAGAGCUGGACUUCUCUACCUUCCUUACCAUCAUGCAUAAGCAAAUGCAACAGGAAGAACCACAAAAAGAAAUUCUGUUGGCCAUGUUGAUGAUCGAUAAAGAGAAGAAAGGGUACAUCACCGCAGAAGAGCUAAGAUCCAAACUCACUAAACUGGGAGAACGGCUAACUGACAAGGAAGUGGAUGAUCUACUGAGAGAAGCUAAUAUUGGACCAAACGGCAAAGUGAAAUACAAUGAAUUUAUCCAUAUGAUCACCCUUCCUGCACCAGACUACUGAACUGGAUAUCUAUGGAUACAAGGAAGAGUCAUUUUUUAAAUCUGAAAACUUCCGAUACUCAAUUGGAUUUUUAUAAAAUCUAUCCCUUUUACUUUUCGGGGAGUGGUAGUGUCAUAUGUAGAGUGCUACCUUAUGUCCCUGCUGCAGCCACAAGGACUUGUCUGUAAUGAUACAAAUAAAAUUAUUUUAACUGU